AUGAGCAUCGCUGCGACUUCAGCCUCGGCACACCUACACGAGACUACAGACGUAUCUGAACUCACAGUCGACGGCGUAACUCAAGAUGAUAUUCUUGCUAGACAUAUACCCGGACAGGCCGCGGGGCGCUUGUACGAGCGCCAUCUGUUGCCCUCAACAGCGACACACAUUCGUCUACUCGAGCUUCGUGUGGCCGAUUCGGCAGCAGCUUCUGAACCUGGCGCACCACCACUUCCCGAGACUAUUGUCUGUAGCCUCUUGACCACCCCCAUAGAAUCGCCACAGCCGUUCAAGGCGCUCUCGUAUCAUUGGGGCACAGAUGACAAGACAUGCUCACUUGAAGUAUCAGGGAGUUGCGUUCGCAUCACCCCAUCUCUUGACACAGCUCUCAGAUACGUCGCAACUCAACAGGAGACACUCUACCUGUGGGUUGACCAGAUCUGCAUCAACCAGGAAGACAGCGCCGAGAAGUCGGACCAGGUCCUGCUCAUGACAGACAUAUAUAGCAAAGCAGAGCAAGUCCUUGUCUGGCUUGGGGAGACAGCGGACAGAUCGGACGAGUUAAUGGACCUCUGGCGGGAUAUUGGCCAACAGGCUCAGAGCAUCGGCUUGGAGGAUUACUUCACCAAGGAGAAAGUGUCUCGAAUGCUGGAAAUCAUGAAUAGCAGAUCUGUGGACGAUCCCUUGACUGAACCGUACCAUCAGAUCGUCGACACCGCACGGCCUCAGUUUGAGAAAUUGUUGCAAGCGAUCAUCGACUUUGAUCAGAGGCCCUGGUUCCACCGUGUCUGGAUCGUUCAGGAGGUCAGCUUGUGCCCGAACACGGUGUUUGUUUGUGGUCACAAAACUGUCCCCGUCGACUAUGUAGUACAUACAAAUCACAUCUUCUCGACAGCCAUAAAACAAUCUCUCAAGUCCGGCCCAGACAUGGGGUUCCAGCAGCUUGCUCUGCAGGCUCUGUCGCCCCGUACGGUUCCGCUGCUCAGUACUCGACGUCGCCGACAGAGGUUCCAGAAUGGGGUUGGGGACGGGGAUGAGCUUUUCCAUCUACUCAGAAAGCUCUUCGUCGAGAGCGACACGAAAGCUACACAGAGCCGAGAUCGCAUCUAUGGGCUCUUGGGACUGGCUGUCGACUCUAAGGACCUGGCGAUCAAGCCAGACUAUUCUACAGCAGACCCUGCAUUGGCCUUCACAUCUGUGGCUCGAGCUAUGAUCCGGAAUGGUCGAGUAGAGCUCCUGAGCUUCUCUCAGUUCCCCAAAGAACCUGGGCUGGAGAACCUGCCAACCUGGGUACCGGACUGGCGGUCUAACCUCUUGCCAUCCUACUACGUCAUCUUCGAAAGCGCAGAGGAUCAUCUUCUUGGUGCAUCUGGCAAUACCAAGGUUUCUCUGGCGCCGACCAAUGAGCAGAAUAUUCUCGGCAUCCGUGGGUACAUCGUCGACUCAAUAGAUGAGGUAGGAUCUGCAUGGGAUGCAUCAGGUGGCAACGCGUCCUGUUUGGCGUUAUUCAAAACACUCGAGGAACUCUGCCGCAAGUCUGCCGCCGUAGGCGAACCCAUUUACCCAUCUGCAUCGAGACGUGCCGAAGCGGUCUGGCGCGUUCCAGUAGGAGACCUCUACUGGACCCCCGAGACAGACUAUAUUCGCGCCAGGAAACCGCUUGUGGAAGAUCAAUAUCGCGACUGCCUAGCUGUUUCCGAGAUCGUUGUGAACUGGGGAAGCAUGUCGGCAGAAGAACAGAAGCCGGCCAUGCAGGAGAUAACUUCUCGGCGAUUUACAUCCGGACGAUACAAAGAGAACAUGAGCGGAAUGAACGGAAAGAAGCCAUAUGUCACUUGCCGAGGGUAUCUGGGCAUGUGUCCUGGAUCAGCAGUUGCAGGUGAUGUGGUCGUCAUACUGUGUGGCGCCCGACUUCCUUAUGUCUUGCGUCGCCAAGAUCAAGGAGACAGAUGGACUUUCUUAGGUGAGGCGUAUUGCGAUGGGGUGAUGGAUGGGGAGAUAAUGGGACAUCGAGAAGAAAGACUGUUCAACAUCGAAUAG